UUUUGGCACAGAAAACAUGGGCCUUCAGGGGCAUAUCAUGACCAUGGCAACAAGCUCCAUUCUUAAUAUGAUGAAAGAAGUGGACGACUUGAAAAAGAAAUCAUCAUCAGAAAUCUUGAGUGGUAUACAAGUAAACCAUGAAACAGAAGAUUUUCAAGUGAUAAGAGUAAGAAGGAAUCACAUCUGGGAGGAUUCCCUCCGUGCCUUCAAAAAGCAUUCAUUUUCCCACCAAAAGCUCCUGAGAAUUCAUUUCAUUGGUGAGGAAGCAGAAGAUGCUGGAGGACCUAGGCGGGAAUAUUUGCGUCUGCUUAUGAAAGAACUAGCAGAAAAAUCUGGAGUGCUGGAGGGCCCUGAAGGUCAUAAAGUUGUUACUGCCAAUUCUCUUUUAGUUUUCAACAAAGAGUAUUUUUAUGCUGGUCUCAUGGUUUCAGUGGUUUACAGUCAUUUCGCCCACGGACCAUUUCGCCCACGCCAAUUCGCCCACGUUACCGUUUCAGUAUCAUUGAGACAAGGAGGACCUGGAAUUUGUUGUUUGUCUCCAAUGCUUUAUUCAUACAUUUCCAAUCAGCCAGUUCAUGAUGCGACCCUACAUGAUGUUGCUGACUAUACUGCAAGGGCAAAUAUAGAAAAGAUCCAAAAUGCAGAGGAGAAGGAAUUUACACAAACUGUAAAGAGUUUGGCUGACUUUCUGAUUGCGUGUGGGCUAUCAAAGUUGACAUGGAGUUUUGAGGAGAAAAGUGUUCUAGUCAAACUACUCUGUUUACACUUUUUGCUACACCGAAGCAAGAUUGGCGUAGAUCAGUUUACUGAUGGAUUGAAAGCUGGAGGUUUGCUGGAACAUAUCCAGAAUUACCCAAUGUCCUUGAAGGAAGUGUUUAUCUACUCAGACACACCCAUUAAUGUCACAAAAUUCAGAUCUCUCCUGAAGUACAACUAUAGUCCACUAGGUUCCAAUUCCAGAGAGGCUGAAGAAAUGGCUGUUUUGUUGUGGGAGGAAUACCUUGAUGACAUAGAAGAGGAAGAAACCCCUGACCUAAAUCCAGACACCUUAAAAGAGCUGCUCAUCUUUGUUACUGGAGCAGAACAGAUACCCCCUUGUGGCUUUGACAAGAAAAUUGAAAUCUGUUUUUACGAUGCCCAUGAAUCAGGAAAUCCAAAUGUAUGCAGGCUUCCAUAUGCAUCAACCUGUUCGAUGACCCUCUAUUUACCCUUGGGCCUAAAGGAUGUAGUUGAAUUCAAAACUGUUAUGGCAAAAUCCCUGGAAGGCUAUGGUGGCUUUGGGAGCAUUUAAAUCUUGUUCAGUAUGAUGUUAGCUUUCAACCAUUUGUCCUUUUUUACUUGUAAAAAAACUGAAACAAUGAAAGGAUAUACUCUGACAUUAAUAAGCAUUUCGCUUGUCAUAUAAAGUACAGUUUGUACAGCAGAGAAUCAUUGUUCAAAAAUUGUGUUUUAUAGAUAAACAUACUGCAUUUAUGCAAUUGGACUUAAAGCUUAAGUUUAAGACUGUUUAUAAAUUGCAAAUAGUUUUUAGUGAAAAAAUGGUUGUAAUGGUUCAAAUAUUGUUUAUGUUCAAAAAUAAUUAUGUACACUGAUUUACCUAUUUUUGGCUAGGUUUAAUUAGUUGGUUCACUAAAAUAACAUCAAUUAAAAAUAAUGAAGGCAUUUCAAUGAACAAAUUGAGACAUUUCAAUACCCAGGGUUUGAACGUUCUGUUCUUAGUACACUUGAACUGUCAUUGAAAAUAUCAAAAUUGUUGGAUAUCCCUUAAAUUCUCCUUUAGUUGUCAUUAUCAAUAAAAUUGGUCUUUGAAACGU